AUGGGUAUUGGACCGACUAAGACUGAGAUAGUAGAUCUCAUAUGUGUUAUUUAUCUGGCACUUGCCAGAGAAACGCUGAAUAAACUUUUAGAGCUUACGGCGGAGCGCUGCAAUGAAGUUGCGAAGAAUCCCCCUUUACUCGGUGGCUCAUUUCUUGAAUACUAG